GGGCGACGCAGCAUGGCCUCCCGGGACCCACCGCCCGCCACCACCUAUGCCCCUCCGGACGUGCCCUCGGGGGUCGCCUUCUUCCUCACCAUCCCCUUCGCCUUCCAGCUGCCCGAGCUGGUGUUCGGGUUCUGGGUAUGGAUCCUGGUGGCUGCCACUCAGGUAGCAAACCCACUGCUACAAGGCUGGGUGAUGUAUGUGUCACUCACCUCUUUCCUCAUCUCCUUGAUGUUCCUCUUGUCAUACUUGUUUGGAUUUUACAAAAGAUUUGAGUCCUGGAGAGUCCUGGACAGCCUCUACCACGGGACCACGGGCAUCCUGUACAUGAGUGCUGCUGUCCUGCAAGUACACGCCACAAUCGUUUCUGAAUACAAGGACCUGAAAAACUACUACAUCAACACAGCGGCCUCGUUCUUUGCAUUCAUCACUACCCUGCUCUACAUUCUCCACGCCUUCAGCAUCUACUACCACUGAAGCCUGGGUGGCGCCAGUGAGAAAGCCCUGGUCAUCCCCUCCCCCAACGCAGGUUUUAUCAGGAGCCAUCUGCAUGACCGACAGACCUCCACUGGAACACGGGCGCCACAGACCAUCUUUCUGGACUAUUCAAUGAGAUCUGCUUUGACAACUUCCUUCAGUGAACACAAGAAUCCUGUCUUCUUUUAUUUCCUGGGAAAGUGUGUGUCUCUCAGACUUUUCUGACCAUGAGCCUAGCGCUUCUAGAAGUCUAACCUCCAAACCACAGUAGAGAAUCCCAGCUUAGCUGUUGCUGCACCUGUCCAGGGAUUUCGCCCCAGCACUGGGGCUCUCUGGCGUAGGGUGAGGGGACAGUUGGGUCUUUUCUUCUAUUUUUUUCAUUUUGAUAAAUAUUAUUUUAUACAUGAUCAGAGGCACAUAGAUAUUGCGCCUUUGUGUGCUUCCUCUAAAGGGUCUUAUUUUCUUAUAGUUGAAAGGCACCAUGGAGGACUUUGUAUCUAAUGUUUUGAGCCCUCCUAACCCUCGCAUUAGUAUCCAAGGGAAAUCUACAUAAGCCAACUUUGCUAUGGGUUUUGCAAGAUGAUUAUUCAAUAAGCCAUGAGGGAGAUGAGACGGGAUUGGGAGGGAGGAGCGUAGCCUGUAGCUGCUGCUAUGCGAAAACCAUAGCUGCAGUGCACCUGCACCAGGUGUCCAAGACCCACCUCCUAAGGGCUAAAUACUAGACCCUGCCUUGACCCGCCCCCACCCCCCCAGAGAAGAGACCCCAGUGCAAAAGGCAAGGUUCCUCUUCUGUGGCCCCUGCCAGGGCCAUGUGGGAAGAAUAAGCUGCCCCAUUAUCUCAGGGGCAACAAAGAGCUCCUUCCCUGGGACCAUGUUUUUCUGCAUGCAUCCUGGGGACUCCUUGGGUGAGGCCAAAGAUCAACAGGGCUCCUCAGGAUCUGACAAGGAAAUGCUUUUGCAUUUGGAGGCCAUUCUGCAAGAAAGCACGGCCUUGUGCACACAGAAAAGCCAAAUCAAGGUGCUUAGUUUCAAAGGAAAUGUCCUUCCACGGCCAGCUGCACGCUCUGGCCUCCCUCCUCCACCUGGGUCCCCAGGCCCAGCAGGCAGGGAUCCAGCCCUGCGACACCCGCGCCUGCUCUUGCUUUGAAAUAAAUUAUUGUGUGAAAGGGACUGGUCUUCCUGAUUCUAGGUUUACUGUUCUCUAUCAUCUUUUCUCCACUCCUGGGCAAGGGUGGGGGGCAUGUGAGAAGUUGGACAUCCUUCAGGAGUUACCUAGGAGAAGACUCCAUUACUUCACCAUUGUUUACUAGUCCGUUUCUUAUUGCCCUGAUGUCAUAACAAGCCACCGUUUAGCUCUCCUUUUGUUGUCUGGCAGCUGUCUAUGAUGGUCACUGCUCAACAUUUACUGAGUGGCCACAUGCAAA